CAGUCUCAGACACAUAUCAAAAUGCCUUCCCGCGCGGACAUCACCUACUUCGGCGCCGGCCCUGCCGCCCUUCCCACCGACGUCCUCGAGACCGCCGCCCAGGCGCUGCUUGACUACCAGGGCACCGGCUUGGGUAUCGCCGAGCACUCUCAUCGCUCCGAACUUGCGGCCAAGAUUAUCAACGAGGCCAAGGCCGACCUGGCCACCUACCUCGACUUCUCUCCCGAGCAGUAUGAGGUUCUCUUUAUGCAGGGUGGUGGCACCGGCGAGUUCGCUGCCUCCAUGUACAACCUCGUUGGCGCCUGGGUUUCCCGCCAGCACGCCGCUGUCCAGAAGGAGCUCGGCGAGGGUGCGGCCGCCGAUGAGGCCCAGGUACUUGCCGCCCUCCGCCAGCGCGUAGAGUCCGGCCUCAAGGUUGACUACAUCGUCACGGGCUCCUGGUCGCUCAAGGCCUACCAGGAGGCCGUCCGCCUGCUCGGCCCCGAGUACGUCAACCUAGUGUGUGACGCCCGCACCAUCAACGACGGCAAGUUCGGCAAGAUUCCCGACGAGAGCACUUGGAAGCUUAGCAAGGACGCCGCCUACGUCUACUUCUGCGACAACGAGACCGUUGAUGGCGUUGAGUUCCCCAACUUCCCCAAGAUCCUCGAGCCCAAGGAGGACGGCACCGGCCCCAUUGUUGUGUCUGAUAUGUCCUCUAACAUCCUCUCUCGCCGCAUCCCCGUCAACAACUACUCCCUCCUCUUCUUCGGCGCCCAGAAGAACCUUGGCUGCACCGGUGUCGCUGUUGCCAUCCUCAAGAAGACCUUCCUCCCACCUACCCUCAGCCAGCCUAGCCCGGCCCUGCUCAGGAAACUCGCCCUUCCUAUCCCUCCUAUCGUUCUUCAGUAUGAGAUUAUUGCCAAGAACAACAGCUUGUAUAACACGCUGAGCAUCUUUGAUGUCUACAUUGCGGGCCAGGUCCUCAAGAAGCUCCUCGCCACUUUCCCCAACGGUGUUGACGGCCAGCAGGCCCUUGCUGAGAAGAAGGCCGAGCUCAUCUACUCCGCCUUGGAGGCCCAUCCUGAGGCUUACAAGAUUGUUCCGGACAAGUCUGCCCGUUCCAAGAUGAACAUUUGCUUCCGCGUCAUCAAGGGUGGCAACGUCGACGAGGCCGAGAAGGCCUUCCUCAAGGAGUCCACCGCCAUCAACCUAACCGGUCUCAAGGGCCAUCGCAGCGUCGGUGGCAUCCGUGCUUCCAACUACAACUCCAUUCCUCUGGAGGGUGCUGAGAAGCUGGCCAACUUCAUCCAUGAGUUUGCCAAGGCUUGAGCUACGAAGUUUACCUAUACUAAAAAAAGGUAUACGAAUCUGGAAAUAUGGGUAGGGGGGUUAGGAACCGGCAUAAAAGUCAGUUGGAAGGCGCAACAUGGGAUGGUAUGGGAUAGCGGGGAGCAUAGGUGUCGGGUUCUUCGACAACAAAAAAGUAUAAUACACACACCCAAUUUCAAACGCGAUUGGGAUGGAUACCCCUAUGAUACAGAAACUCAUCUUCAAAGG